UCUGAGUGGUCUCAAAAUGGAGUCUGACAGAGGAAAUCGAAGAGGCCGAAGAGGGAGACGUGGUGGCGAAGAGGUGAGUUCCGGCCACUUUGGAAGAGGUGGCAAAGACAGAGACGUCAGGUUGUCUAAAUCGAUGUCCUAUGCUCUUCGUCAUGGUGCCACCCAAAUGGGGCUACAUUUAAGUUCAGAUGGCUACGUGUCUGUGGACGAUGUCUUGGCUUGCCCGCAGUUUCGCUCAUACAAACUGGAGGAUGUUGAGAGAGUGGUGGCCACAAAUGACAAGCAGCGUUUUAAGCUUCGUCCUCACCCAGAAAAUGGCCGCUUGCAAAUUCGAGCCAAUCAGGGACACACAAUACAGGUAACGGAUCUGGAGCUGAAACCUGUUUUGACCGGUUCUCCUGACUGUCCUGCGGAGGCUGUUCAUGGGUCCUACAUGUGCAACUGGAGUUCCAUCCAGGAGCAGGGUUUGAGUCGCAUGAGGAGGACACACAUUCAUCUGGCCCCAGGCUUGCCACAAGAAGACGGCGUAAUAAGCGGUAUGAGGAAAGACUGUGAUCUUGCUAUAUUUAUUGAUGUACCCAAGGCGCUUGCUGAUGGGAUUGAGUUCUUCUGGUCAGAGAACCAUGUGUUGUUGACAACAGGGAACAUCGAAGGGAAACUUCCCACGACAUACUUUAGCCGAGCCAUACAACUCAGGCCUACGAGUGUUGUCUUUUCUUUUUAGGGAGGAUCCUGCCGCUGUGAUGCCAGCAGAAGACCGUUCAACAAGUGCAUCCGUUUUCUCUAUCGCUAAUCCGCUUUCGGAUCUCGGGUGAGCUGGAUCCUUUACCAGCUGACUUUGGGGAGGGACAGUCAAUCUCAGGGCACAUACAGUAUAGACAAACAAGCAUUCACACUGUCAUUCACCCCUACAGACAAUAAUAGUCUUCAAUAAAUAAUAAUAAUAGUCAGAGCUAAAAUUACCCGAGAUGAAUGUUCAGCAUAUCACUUUGUGAAAAUGGGAAUGGCGCCAGAUGCCUUGACAAAGAGGGUAUGAACACAUAUAAAAAUGAAAUACGCUGAAUUUAUUUUAUUAAAUGUGUAAGUGGUGAACAUUUGCUGAUUACAUCUGUUUGUUUUCUCGCACGGAAUUCAUUUGCUAUUUGUGUUGAGCUAGUAACAAUGAUGUAAGAGUACUAUACAUUGGUCGUGAGGGGUGUGCAAUGUUUUCUUUGUUUUUUAUAUUUUGACAUUUGGCAGACUGGAAUGAAAAUGCAUAUGUCAUGUUUUUUUUUGCCUACAAUCGAAAAAAAAAAAUGAACAUUGUUUGGUGUAUUAGAAUCUAGAGCGCCUCGUGUCCUCCAGUCAGCUUGUGGAAGAGCUCCUCGUUGAGCUUGUCGCUCUUGUCGCGGCUGCGCGUCGACAUGAAGAUGUAGCCCCCGAUGAACUCGUGAACAAUUUUGCAGUCGGCCGUCACGCAGCUGAAGGCGAUGUUGAUGUUCCCCUCAAACUCUAUUGCCACCUGUGAUGUGGUUGAAACCACACAACCAACAGCAGUGAUCACAUAUUUUUUUCCCCACAGAAUAAAUCAUUAGUGUUUCACUGUAAUGCUCAUAAUUAUAGUGAUGGCUGGUGGACUUUUCACACCUGUCGAAUGUCCCAGUUGACGUUCCACAGCUUCAUGUUGUUGUAACGCCAGGUCUUUACCACGUCGCCCACACCCAGGUCGAUGCGGAUUAGACGGUUGGGAGCGAUGCCCAGUACCUCGUCUUUACGGCUUCCUUUGAACCUUUCCGACAAGAAAAACAAUUGAUUUCCUCCUCAUUCUGUCAAGUCCUCAUUGAUUUAAAAACUUUGGGAUGACAGUACCGUGAGACGGUGACUUUUGCAUUGAAAUAAGACUGAAAAAGUGGGGGUCGUCUUAUAUUCGGGGUCUAGACAUUAUACCCAUUCACGACGCUAGAUGGCCCGCGAUAUCAUUGAAGUGAAUGCUGAACUUGACUCCCCAGGCCAAAGCAAACUCCCGUCACGAAGAAUAAAAAUAAAAAUAGCGGUAGCACGGAGAAGAAAAAUAAAAAAUAGCGGUAAGAAAGAAAAGAGAAUAAAAUAAUAGAAGAGAUAACAGAAAAUGGAGAAACGCAGUGACAAUCUGGAAGAAAGUGGGUCAUAGAUUGGCCAGGUUAACCGGCAGCUGAGGAGAAGUUAUGAUGUAAUUUACAUUUCAGAAACCAGAAGCCAUUCAUUUACAAAUAUGAUUGCACUUUAAAUGUUUAAAUGUUCAGAUAUUAAGAUUUGAAUGAGGCAAAAUAACAUGCUUUUUCUCUCAAAUAUAUUGUUAUAAUCAUUUGUUUCAGAUGUACUGUAAUUAUUUUCUGUAUAAAAAUGAAUUUGGUGUUCACAAAGUCGUUUUUCAAAGUUUUGAAAAAGAGGUGGUCAUCUUAUAAUCAGGGCCGUCUUAUAUUCGGGCCAAUACGGUCCUGCUUUCAUUUAAAUGAUUUAAAAAAGCUUGCAAACAAAUUUGUGAUGGAACCUGACUACGACAUAUGAGAGGCCAAAGUCGGGCAGGGCCUGCCAGAUCUGCAGGAAGCGCAAGACUGCAUCCACCAGUGAGAGCUGAGCCACAUUCUGGCACGCAUCCAGAAUACGAGGGGUCAGCUGCAUAGACACACAUACACACACACACAAAGUGAAAUGGCAAAAUUAGUUAUAUUUACCAUUUACCUGCAAUUACCUUCAGUCCGUCAAUGUACCAUAAAUCAACACAUGCAAUAUGAAAGAGCAAAAUGAGAGGUGUAUUUUUAUUCUGUGCAAAAACGAUAAAAUCACUAAGAAUAAGUCUAUCUAAAAUCAAGGCAAAAUGUGUGUUUUCUUUGUCUGCCAAGAUACAAUAGUGCUUUAAAAUAUGAGUUUAAUUCAAAUAGCUGUCAAACUGCUGCUUUUUGUGAAGCCUUAAAAAGCAUAAGAUUCGAGAUUAUAAUUUAUUGAGCUAUUACUACUGAUGAGUAAAAUAUCAUACUGUUAUUCAAAUGGUAGGCCUAUGAAUAUACUAGUUGGGUUUUUGGAGGCUAGUUAUGUUUACAUAAAUCAAAAUGUCCUUAUAUAUACUGUGUGUCUGUCUAUCUAUCUAUCUAUCUAUCUA